GACUGAGAUAGUUUUGCUCUGUGUUGGGCCUUUACCCAACUCAACAACGUUUGAGGGCACAGCACAUAGAAACCCUCCACAGCAACACACCAGCAUCGCUAACACUGGUGCCCACUGUGGCUGUGUGAGUGGGAACCCUCGGGGUGUCAGGCUGGGGACAGGCGUGGCAGUGGGCUGGUCCAGCCGCAGAGAGCGAUGAUGAACAGCAGCAGGCUCCGUUGGAAUCAGCUGAGGCCCUGAAAUCGUCUGACAAAGGAGCCGAAGCCCAAAUCUGUCACACUGGUGAUUAACCACAUCUGCUGGAGCUGAGGACGGCUCCGGGCUGUGGGUGUGCCGCACCCACACACAGGACGCGCUCCCGAGGAUGCACUGAGUCCUUCCCGCUCACACCUCGUUGUAACACACCCUCUGCAUAACAGUAGAAGAUGAGUAAGUCCCCCACCCCCAAGGGCACCCCGGUGCAGCGCAGCCCCAGCGAUGGGGUCCCAGACAGUCUCCUGUCUCCUCAGCAUUCCACACCAGGUUCAGGACCCCAGCAUAAGAAACGCAUCUCCAGCCUCCUGCAGAGUCCGUCGUUCAGGGAGGAGUUGGAUGUCCUGAUCCAGGAACAGAUGAAGAAGGGUGGCAGCUCAUCCAACCUGUGGGCACUGAGACAGCUCGCUGAUUUCAUGGCCUCACAUGGCUCUCCAGCUGCUCUGCCAGUCUCUCCCUCCAACCAUCACCCUCACUCCGCUCUAUCUCUGUCUCUGUCUGGUUUUCUAUCUGUCUCUCACCACACAGACAUGAUGAUGGUGACAGCCAUCAAUGACCUGCAUGGGUGGGAGCCCGGCAGCAUGGUGAAGGGGGAGAGGUUGAUGCGCUGCAAGCUGGCCAGCACCCAUCGCCUGUUCGACCUCUAUGGCUGGGCCCAGAUCAGCCACAACUGUCUCACUCUCCGUGUCAGUAAAGAACAGGAACACUUCCUGGUGCUUCCAGACGGCUUGGCGUACAGUGAGGUGACUGGAUCCAGUCUGGUAAAGGUGAAUAUCCUGGGCGAGGUGGUGGAGAGGGGCAGCACCAACCUGGGUGUGGACCCAGAGAAGUUCAGUCUGCACUCGGCCAUCUACUCAGCGCGGCCAGAUGUUCGCUGUCUUCUUCACAUCCACACGCCGGCCACGGCAGCGGUUUCAUCUAUGAAGUGCGGCCUCCUGCCACUGUCCCAUGAGUCUCUGCUGGUUGGUGACGUGGCCUACUAUGAUUACAAUGGAGUCAUGGACGAGGAGGAGGACAGAGUGGAGCUGCAGAAGAGCUUGGGACCCACCUGUAAAGUUCUGGUGCUGAGGAAUCACGGCAUAGUGGCUCUUGGGGAGUCCAUGGAGGAGGCUUUCUACACCAUCUACCACAUCCAGGCUGCCUGCCAGAUCCAGGUGUCAGCGUUGUGUUGCGCAGGUGGUGAACAGAACCUGAUUUUGCUGGAUCGGACCAUCCAUAAACCCAACCCGACCGGCACCGUGGGCUGGGCUGGCUCCACCUUUGGGCCCCUGCACAAGAGCCGUGUUGGGGAGCAUGAGUUUGAGGCCCUCAUGAGAACUAUGGAUAACCUGGGCUACCGUACCGGCUACGCGUACCGUUUCCCCGUCCUGCUGGAGCGAUCACGGAUGCGGAGGGAGGUGGAGGUGCCUGCGACCGUCACAGCCUAUCACCAGUUUGAUGACGAUGGAGUCCACCCAGCUCUGAGGCAGAACCCUUUUGCACAGCGCCAGCAGCAGGAGAGGACCCGAUGGCUCAACACCCCCAACACCUACCAAAAAGUCAACCAAGAGCAAACUAGUCCUGGACACCAGCGCGCCACUUGGUUGAAGGCAGAAGAGGUGACACAAGCUGGCAGCACGUCCAUCAAGACAGAGAACCCAAACCUGUUUGUGCCUCUGUUCACCAACCCUCAGGAGGUGAUUGAGACACGAAACAAGAUCCGACAGCAGAACCGUCAGGACAUGAAGACAGCAGGGCCACAAUCUCAAGUCCUUGCCAGCGUCAUAACAGAGGACAGUCCUCCGUCUCCCGUCAGCCCACCCAAAGUUCCACCAGAGCCAGAACCUCCCAACCCCUUCAACCAGCUGACGGACCAGGAGCUGGACGAGUACCGCAAGGAAGUGCAGAGGAAACAGGACGGAGGGACUGAUGAGGAGGAGGUGGCAAAUGACAAGGAGUCUUCCCCUGCUGCCUCCCCCACAAAGGGCCCUCCGCUCAGCCCCCCUCCUCUCUCAGAGGAGGUGAAGACUGAAUCUCCAGCCAUACAGAACGGAGGCGAGGAGGAGAAGCAGACGACAGAAGAGCUGGAGAAAAGCAUGAAGGCCCUCUCGACCAAUGACACCUCCUCCACCCCUGCCGCUCCCCCGGCCAAACCACAAGGUGGCACCCCAGAUGGUUCUCCCUCCAAGUCCCCUUCCAAGAAGAAAAAGAAGUUCAAGCCACCGUCGUUCCUGAAAAAGAGCAAGAAGCAGAAGGAGAAAGCAGAGACCUGAGGCGUCCACACACACCAGACCUUGGUGAAAUACUACUGUGAAAUGUUUCUUAGCGUAUGACAUAGGAGUAGCAGAUGGAGUCAACCACAUCAGAUCUGUUCACAGAGUUAAGAUGUCAGUCACAGACACAGUGUACUAAACUCACGCUCACAUGCUUUUCUGUAAACUGUUACUAAUUUGAUCGAUGUGGUUAUUCAUCUUAAACAGGUUAGGAACAAUCUUAUUUUCACAAGACUAUUUGACCAAGGGUUGGAUACAAGGCACCAUUUUGACACACUAUUACUUCACACACACACACACACACACACACACA